AUGACCCCCUCCUCAGACAAAGAGCUCAACGGGAUAGAUAACCCCAGCUUUGUGGAUGAAGAUGGGAGCCACUACUGCUCCUCACCUGACCGUGUUGCCUGGCACUCAGAGGAAGGUGGGGACAAAGGCCACAGGGGUAGCAAGCUUGCCUACACUGUCACAGAUGUGCCCCCCUGGUACCUGUGCAUCCUGUUGGGAAUUCAGCAUUUCCUGACAGCCAUGGGAGGUCUGGUAGCCAUCCCGCUGAUCCUCUCCAAAGACCUUUGCAUCCAGCAUGACCUCCUCACCCAGAGCCACCUGAUCAGCACCAUCUUCUUUGUCUCAGGGAUUUGCACCCUGCUGCAAGUCCUCUUUGGAGUCAGGUUACCUAUUAUUCAAGGAGGCACUUUUGCAUUCCUGACACCAACCCUGGCCAUGCUGUCUCUCCCCAUGUGGAAGUGCCCUGCCUGGACACAGAAUGCCACCCUGGUCAAUGCCUCUUCACCAGAGUUCAUUGAAGUCUGGCAGACGCGGAUGCGAGAGGUGCAAGGAGCUAUCAUUGUAGCUUCCUGCUUUCAGAUCUUCGUUGGAUUUUCUGGCCUGCUUGGAUUUCUGAUGAGAUUCAUCGGCCCCCUGACAAUUGCCCCCACCAUCACCUUGGUUGCCCUGCCUCUUUUUGACUCGGCCGGGGACAAGGCAGGGCAGCACUGGGGCAUAGCCUUCAUGACUAUUUCUUUCAUAGUCCUGUUCUCCCAGUACCUGAAAGAUGUCCCUGUGCUGCUGCCAUCUUACCAGAGAGGCAAGAAGUGCCACUUCUCCCCGGUCUACCUCUUCCAGAUCUUCCCGGUGCUGCUGGGGCUCUCCUUGAGCUGGCUGCUCUGCUACGUGCUGACGGUGACUGACGUCCUUCCCGCCAACCCUAAAGCCUAUGGCCACUCGGCCCGGACGGACACUCGUGGGGACGUUUUGUCCCAGGCUCCCUGGUUUCGGCUGCCUUACCCAGGCCAGUGGGGAGUGCCAACCGUCAGCCUGGCUGGGAUUUUUGGCAUCCUAGCCGGGGUGAUCUCCUCCAUGCUGGAAUCUGUGGGAGAUUACUACGCGUGCGCCCGGCUGGCCGGGGCGCCGCCGCCGCCGCAACACGCCGUGAGCCGCGGGAUCGGGGUGGAAGGCAUCGGCUGCCUCCUGGCUGGGGCCUGGGGCACAGGGAACGGCACCACAUCCUACAGCGAGAACGUGGGGGCCCUGGGCAUCACCAAGGUGGGGAGCCGGGCGGUGAUCGUGGCCGGGGCCUGUGCCAUGCUCCUCAGCGGCGUCUUCGGGAAGGUGGGGGCCAUGCUUGCCAGUAUACCCGCCCCUGUCAUCGGAGGCAUGUUCCUCGUGAUGUUCGGCGUUAUCGCAGCAGUGGGGGUCUCCAAUCUGCAGUACACAGAUAUGAACUCCUCCAGAAACAUCUUUAUCUUUGGAUUUUCGGUAUUUGCUGGCCUCACAAUUCCCAACUGGGCAAGCAAAAACAGUACACUGCUGGAAACAGGAAUCAUCCAGCUGGACCAGGUGAUCCAGGUACUUCUCACCACUGGCAUGUUUGUGGGCGGACUCCUGGGGUUUAUCCUUGAUAACACCAUUCCAGGAACAGAGGAGGAGCGGGGGCUUCUGGCAUGGAAGAAGAGCCACAAGGGAGAGGCAGAUAGCUCUCAGCUUGUUUCCAAGGUCUAUGACCUUCCUUUUGGUGUAGGCACCAAAUACUGUGCUGCCUCCUGGUUUCGCUAUCUCCCCACUUGCCCCAAAAGACUACCUGGCGACAAGGGAAUGGAUGAACUGAAGGCUGCUGGACAGGAAACCGGUGUUAAAGCAAGUUCAGAAAGAGACUCUCAGAUAGCUGCUGAUACAAGGGUAUAA